AUGGCUCACAUAAUUUUUGGAAUAUUUAAGAAGCCAGAGGUUAGCCCGCUGACACCGGAUUCUUUAAUCACCACCAGUCAUCUGCCUUUCCAAUACUUUGACAUUGCUACCCCGGAAUCUCCAUCUCAAAUCUUGAUUUUAGAGAAGAAACCAGUCGCCCUAGUCGAAAUCAUGCAGCUCACCUACCACUCCAUUACCGCCUUUGUGGCCUUUGCGCUUUUCAGCUGUGCUACUGCCGCACCAGCCUCCGAGGCUGCCGCUCGCGCCGCUGCAUGGGCUGAUCCCUCGGACUGCCAUCGAUUCUGGGAAUGUCCCGCUGGUGGAGCCCCAGUUCUGAAGACCUGUGGCCCAGGCACCGCGUACCAGGAAGCGACCCAGGUCUGUGACUUCGAGCACUUGGUGGCUAGCUGCUGGCGCCACUAG